AUGCGUCAGGCGACGGCCAUGCAGCAAGCCGUGCUGCAGCAGGCCGCGCUGCAGCGGGCGGUGCUCCAGCAGCAGCAGCAACAGCAGCAACAGCAGCAGCAGCAGCAGCACGCGGCAGCGCUCCAGGCGGCCGCCGCACGCAUGCUGCAGGGCACGCCCCCGGGGUUUGCCGCUGCGGCGGCGGCGGCCGGGCUGGGCGGCGCGGGGUUCGGCGGGCUGCAGGCGUCGGUGAUGGCGGGCGGUGGGCCGUUUGGGCAGGCGGCGACGCGCUUUGCGCCAGGCGCGGGCGGCGCGGGGCUGAAUUUGGAGGACAUGUUGGCGGAAUUUGAGGGGAUGAUCUCUGCCGGCGCGGGCGGCGGCGCGGGCGGGAGCCUGAGCGGGAGCCUGGGUGGCAGCCUGGGCGGCGGCACGGGCAGCAGCGCGCAGCCGCUGCUCCCGCCGCCACCGCGGCUGCUCGGGCCGUCGGGCGCGGCCGGGCUGCCGCUCUCGCGGCCGCUGCUCAGUGGCUUCAUCGCGGAGCGCUACGCCGCCGCAGGCCUCGCUCGCAAGCUGACGCCGCAGGACUUCGCUGCUCUCGAGAGCCAGGCCGGCUUCCCCGCAGAGCCCGCCGACCCCAGCGGCAGCGGCGGCGCAGGCGGCGCCGCCAGCGCGGGCGCGAGCGGCGGCGCCUCCGCGGGCGCGGGCGCUGCGGCGGCCGUGCGGAUAAGCGAAGCACAGUGGCGGGACUUUGAGGGGCAGCUGCGGGCGGUGCUCAAGCUGCUGACUCAGAUUGCGCCGGUCUGGAACCUGGAGGACCCCUGCGUCAUCGCCGGCUUCGACAUGGACCGCCAGGGCACCGUCGCCGCCCUCCGCGCCGAGCCCGCCGGCACCUUCAUCUGCCGCUUCUCCAUGAGCCAGCCCGGCUGCCUGGUGCUGACUGUCAAGGCCCCGGGCCACCCCAGCGCUGACGGGGACGGGUUGGUGCACGCGAUCAUCAGGGGGGAGGACUUGCAAGAGCGGCGGGUCGACGCGUGGAUCAGGGACUUUCCUGGGGCGACGCACGUGCUGGACGUGUACAAGGGGACGCGAGUGGACAAGCGGAAGGUGUUUGCGUCCAAAUACACACGCAUGCGCGCCCUUGACGCGCUGGAGGAGCUCCAAGGCAUGCUGGGCGGUGGCGGCGCCGGCAGCGCCGCCGCUGUCGCCGCCGCCGCCGCCAAGGCGGGCGCCGCCCUCUGCGACGCCGCCGCCCGCGACGCCGCCGUCGGCAGCGGCAGCGGCAGCGGCGGAAGCGCGAGCACGGCGGGGGGGCUGCUGCGGGGCGGUUCGGUGGCGGGGGGCGUGCCGCCGGGGCUUGCGGCGGUCGCCGCGCUGGGCGCCGCCGGCAUGGCCCUGGGCGGCGUGGCCCCCGGGUUCUGA